UGUCAACUUACACUCUUACAAUCACCAAUCCAGUCCAACACUCAGAGGCAAUCACUGUCGCAUAACACAAUCUCGACAGCCUCCCUCACGAGUCUAGAAAGGGUGAAGACAAAGGAAGAAAGACUUGCCCGUUUUGCGGUUGGAAUAGCUCAACAUGCCGAUGCUUCUCGAUAUCACUAGAAAGCUAUUCGCUCGAUCUGAUCGUGUAAAGGCUGUCGAUUUCCAUCCAACAGAACCAUGGCUUUUAGCAGGUCUAUAUACCGGUUCAGUGAACAUUUGGAAUUAUGAAACAGGAGCAUUGAUCAAAACAUUCGAGGUGGCCGAAGUGCCUGUUCGUUGUGUCAAGUUUAUUGCACGCAAGAAUUGGUUCGUUGCUGGAAGUGAUGAUUUCCAAUUAAGAUGUUUCAACUAUAACACCCACGAAAAAGUCAUUGCGUUUGAAGCCCAUCCUGAUUAUAUUCGAUGCAUCGCAGUUCAUCCCACAGGCAGCUACAUCUUGACGGGUAGUGAUGAUAUGACAAUCAAGAUGUGGGACUGGGAUAAGAAUUGGAGACAUUUGCAAACUUUUGAGGGUCACACUCAUUUCGUGAUGAAUUUGGCAUUCAACCCAAAAGACUCAAACUCAUUCGCUUCUGCUUGUUUGGAUCGUACAGUCAAAAUCUGGACGCCUGGAUCCGCAACUGCAAACUUCACUCUCGAAGCACACGACAAAGGAGUCAAUUACGUCGAAUACUACCAUGGAGGUGAAAAACCAUAUCUCGUCACAACAGGUGAUGAUCGUACAGUCAAGAUUUGGGAUUACAUCUCAAAAUCCUGCAUCCAAACACUAGACGGUCAUUUGUCCAACGUCUCAUUUGCUUGCUUCCACCCUUCGUUGCCCUUGAUCAUCUCCGGUUCCGAAGAUGGUACCGUCAAACUAUGGCAUAGCAACACAUACCGUCUCGAGACUACACUUGAUUACGGCCUCGAACGUGCUUGGUGUGUGGCUUACAGAAAGACAGGCAAUGACAUUGCCAUCGGUUACGAUGAUGGUGUUGUUGUUGUAAAACUUGGCAAGGAAGAGCCAAGCGUUAGCAUGGAUACAAGUGGUAAAGUCGUUUGGGCUAAAGGUGCAGAAGUUCUCAGCGCUAAUUUGGGUGCAUCCGAGACUGAUGCUCUUGUGGACGGUCAACGUAUCGCAGCUGGAUCUCGCGAGAUGGGAUCCACCGAAGUUCACGCUCAAUCGCUCCAGCACUCGCCCAAUGGCCGAUUUGUCACCGUUUGUGGUGAUGGAGAGUACAUCAUCUAUACCGCUCUCGCAUGGCGCAACAAAGCAUUCGGCACGGGUUUUGCAUUCGCUUGGGCAAGUGACAGUAACACAUACGCUGUCAAGGAAAGUAACAGCCUCGUCAAAGUCUUCCGUAACUUCCGUGAACGAGCUAACUUGAUCAACAUCAGCUAUGCUGUUGAAGAUGUCAAAGGUGGCGCCUUGCUUGGUGUUACGGGUUCAGGAUUUGCAUGCUUUUACGACUGGGACACGGGAGCUUUGGUUCGUAGAAUCGAGGUGGAAGCAAAAGAUGUUUCCUGGUCGUCGACAGGUGAACUGGUCGCUAUCACCAGUGGAGAGUCUUUCUACAUCUUGCGAUUCGAUCGUCAAGCUUAUCAGAAUGGUUUGGACAGUGGUGAAUAUGUCGAAGAUGAAGGUGUGGAAUCCGCAUUUGAUGUGGUGACAGAGAUUAGCGAAGUGGUAAAAACGGCAAAAUGGACAGGAGAAUGCUUCAUCUACACAAAUGCACAAAAUAGAAUCCAAUACCUAGUUGGAGAGCAAACACACACAGUCAACCAUACAGAUACGGAACUAUAUCUAUUGGGCUACCUACCAUCACACGGUCGUGUCUAUCUAGUAGACAAGGAUGUUUCGAUUUACAGCUUUGCACUCAGUCUAGCGGUUGUUGAAUAUCAAACUGCAAUUCUUCGUCAAGACUACGAGGGAGCAAGUGAGAUUCUCAAGACGGUGCCAGCUGAUCAACGCAACCGAAUUGCAAGAUUCUUGGAAUCUCAGGACUUGAAGAAGUUGGCUUUGGAAGUGUCUACAGAUCCCGAUCACAAAUUCGACUUGGCCGUUUCGCUAGACGAUUUCGAUACAGCACUAGAGAUUGCACAAAAUGGACCGGAAGCAGGCAGUGAAUUACGGUGGAGAACGAUUGGUGAUAAAGCACUACUGCAAUGGAACCUACGACUUGCACUAGAAUGUUUCGAAAAGGCUUCUGAUCUACAAACAUUGUUCUUGAUCGCAUCCUCUACAGGCGAUCGAGAUCUGCUUCAGCGCAUUGCCGAGAUGGCAUCGGAGAAGAAGAUUGUCAAUUUGGCUAUGAACUGUUAUUUGCAAUUGGGUGAUACUGGUCGAAGUGUUGACGUGCUUGUUCAAUCCGGUCGUUUACCCGAAGCUGCUUUGUUUGCAAGAAGUUACGCACCUUCACGUGUGCCAGAGAUUGUUGAGUUGUGGAGAGCAAGCUUGAAAGAAUCAAAGAGAAGCAAGCAAGAUGCAAUCGCUACAAGUUUGGGAGAUCCAACUUCGAAUCCUGAGGCAUUCGAAGAAGGAUGGAAGGAAGCUCUGAAACGUGAAAGUGAAUUUGCAGCAAAAGGACCAACUGCUCUGGCGAAGUCGAACGAAGCACCGAAAGUUGUCGCUCCCACCCUUACCAAUGGAGCUUCUGGCCUAAACGGAAAUACAACAAACGCAGUCGAAGAUGCAUCGGCACAGGAUCAAAUGACCGAAUCAACAAUCGUAACGGAAGCCACAAGCAAUGGCGUUUGAAUGUUAGAUCCACAUUAACCAAAUUUGUAUAGCUAUGUUACGAUUAUGAAUAUUUUGAUUAUAAAAUGGGGUAUGAGAAUCCAUUAAGAUAAGAUAAGUGAUAAUACAGAUGCUUCCA